UUUUUUUUAAUUAUUUUAUUGUUGAUUUAUUUUUAUUUUUUGUUAUUUUCCCCCCCCGUCGUCUUCUAGAAAAACACACCCACACAAAAAGGCAAAGGAAGAUUAAAUAUAUCCCAAUUGCGCGCAUGUGUUCGAAUUAGAAGAGGGAAUAAACUAUUUGCCAUGGAUUCUCCCGUUGUACAGGGCGGCUCGAAAUCCACCAGGUCCCCUAUCCGAAUGUCGAUGAGGAGCCCAUCGACUGAUACCGCCUCCUUCGAUACUCCCCCAGAGAACUUAACUGCAGACUGGUCCCAAUGGAUGAGAUGGGACGAUAUCGAUCAUGAUGAUAUGUCAGCGCAUACGAAUCUAUUCAACUUGCCUUCGAAAAUCGAUGAAAAAUUAUCUGAUAUAAAUCAGACCAUGAUGCCAAAGACUUUCGAUGUUUUACCAGCCAACGUACCGUUCACAUUCACAGCUGGCUCUUCAGGUCGCGAUACCACCUCCCCACAGGAACCGCCAUUUCUAUCAGAUAUUUCUCCUGCGCCUUCCGACUUCUUUGAUUCAGCAUUCGGCCCAGAGUUCGUCAGCGGGCAUCGGAAUAACUCCGUGCCAGAAAUAGCCUCACCCGGAGAUAUAACACGUAGGAGCACAUCAGAUGGAAACAUAGUCAACCCCUCUACGCCAUUAUCAUCUCUUUCACCAACAGACAGGAAGAGGAAGGCGCCCCCAGCUGAACCUCCAGGACCCUCUAAAUCAGAUGAUACGCAGUCUGCUUCAAAGUCUUUACCCUCUAAGAAACGAUCCCACAACGUAAUCGAAAAGCGAUACCGUGCCAACCUCAAUGACAAAAUUGCCGAAUUACGAGACAGCGUGCCGUCCCUUCGUGCUUUAGUCAAGCAGAAAAAUGGAAUAUCUGGCCAGGGAAUGCGCGGAGAUGAUGAGAUUGUAUCGUCCUCUAACAAACUCAACAAGGCUUCUAUUUUGGCCAAGGCCACCGAAUAUAUUCGACAUUUGGAACAGCGGAAUAAGCGCUUGGAAGAGGAAAAUGUCGGACUGAAAAAUCGCCUUCGCCAGUUAGAUAAAGUUCAGGAACAAAAUUUAACAAACUACGCCAAUGUUUCCGGUUCAGCAUCAUCGCCUGGUGCAUAUACUGUUUCCACUGAUUCCGGACCAGGGUCUUCGCCAGGAGUCUUCUCGCAAACCGAAGAAUUGUCUCCAGAGGGCUCGCCCAACCCGCUCUAUCCCCCUGAAGGGCUUAUUAAAGUUCCCGAGUAUUUCAAACGCCUGCGAGCGAAUGCUCCUCAACAACACUAUGCAGAAUCUCUCAACCAGCGAUCAGAUGCACAGACAACAUAUGCAUCACCAGGAGCUCGACGAAUGACCCUCCCCAACAAGUUUAUGCUUGGAACGCUUGCUGCUCUAAUGGUCGUCGGUGGUUUCGAAAACCAAACGAAAUCAGAUUCAUCUAAAAAGGGGUUAUUAGGUGUACCUCUGCAAUUUGCUGGCGACCUUUUCCGCUUUGUUCGGCUGUAUUUUGGCUUCCUAACGGCAACCUCAUGGCAAAUUCGAGCUUUAUCUCAUUUCGCAUUAACUUCAUUGGUUGUGGUUGGAGCAGCGUGCGCCGUCUUUGCUUACCUCUUUAAUUCAGCCCCAAGGCGAGCAAAGAAUCCUACCAAAUCUGCCACGGAUUCGAGAAGCGGUGUGUCACCCAUCGAGUUCCGGCGAGAGGCAUGGCUGACAAGUAUCCAGACCGUCUGGGUUCCGAGCCACACGUUCUUCCCUGAGUGGUUCGCAGUAACGUGGCGCUGUAUGGAGUAUGUCCUAAGCUGUCUCCUUGGAUCAAAGCUGUAUUCCUGGCUCACAGGAAUUACAGAAGACGAUGAAACGGCGAGGGCUAAAGCAUGGGAUAUUGCCAUUGAUGCCCAACUAACCGGAGGGGACCCGGAAGUAAGCAAGAGCCGGAUGGUUUUAACUAUUUUCGCCUCAGGCACGUUGCCGAGGACUCCAGCACGAGUGAUGCUGAAGGCUCUCCAUUGCCGUCUUUUACUCUGGAGAGUUGGUUCUCCAGGCUCUUGGGCUUUUAGACUCUCAAACCACGCGGGUUCCAUCCUGGCCAGGUAUCAGUGGGAUAUAGCGAGAAAUCUCCUGAAGAAUCUACCCGAGGACCAUGACGACGCUCUUCCGGAACACCUUGUCACUCUACUUGAAGCGGAUGUGGACGACGUUAUGACCGAUGCAAUUAUGCAACGCGCAUCCAACAUGGCGUGGAACAGAUAUACACAAGAAGCUACGUAUGGUGAAGAUGCUAUGCUGGAUAUUGUCGUUGAGGACACAGCAGUACGCUCGCCUCUUGAUGCUCUUGCGGCAUGGUGGUCUAGUCGAGCCCUGCAGAACGCAUUGAUUCACUGCCUCGAUUUCGAUACUCUCCCUCCGGAACUUAAGCCCAGAAUAGCCUUCGAACGCAGCCUCCAUCUGGCGUUAAAUGCCGCGCCUCUCGCCUCGGCUGCCUACACACGAGCUGCGGUAAUCAAGGCCGUUUUCUUCGAUGAAGACAGAGUAACAAAUAUCAACACGGUCCUUGCUGCUCUGCCGCGAUCCAAAAGCCAGCCAGCCAUCAGCAGCACAAACUUCCUUGAUUCGUCUGUCCCACCAUCAGCGCGGGCAGAAAUAUCCAUUGCUGUUCGUUGCGCCAUGAUUGCAGCAAUAUUAAAGGGGCAGGUGGGUGGUGGAAGCCCAUCUGAAUCGUCCCAACUCACGCUUCGCAACGCAAUUGAGCUCUUCAACGUUCUCCCCAUAGAUCCCGUUGAGCUUACACUCCUCGGUUUCGCUUCUCUAUACCACCUUUUACACGUUUUAGCAACGGAACAGAGUCUACUUUCUGAUUCCUCAUUAUCUUCAUCCAUAUGCUCAUCUGCCUCAGACACCACUACCUCGUCAACACAGCAGGAUGAAACAGAAUCCAGUACCAGUACCAGUAGCUUCUCUACCAUUCCCACUCCGGACCUCGCUCGUAUCGCUCUAGGCCUCAUCUAUUGGGUCCGCAAUGCUUAUAACCCGAUUUCCUCGGGCUUUGAUAUGGAGUUGGUUGAGAAGGCUGUCAAGGGAUGCAUCGAUGCCUGCCAGCGGGCAGGGAUCCAUAUCGAAGCAGUUGAAACCAGAUGGGAAGGCCAGCAUCAUCUUCACCAUGGAGAAACCCCAAACGACUCUAACGACCACGUGCAAGAUCCGCAAAAUGUUACCGAGGCUCCCACAACCGAUACUACUACGGCUACUACGGCUACUACAACUACUACUACUGCCAAUGGAGCGUCGAGAGAAGCGGACCAGAAAACUGAACAUGUUCGCCGUGAUAGCUUGAAGAGCACGGAUACGGGAUAUGGGAGCCUGGGUCAUGAGGAUGAUAGGGGUGACGAGGCGGAGACGACGAAGCCUACUACCACGGCCUCUCACGCGAACACUGCCCUCACCCCACCGAUGAAUCUGGCUAAAUAGCCCAGUGUUUUGUCUUUUCAUGAAUGUUUUUUUUUUUCUUCUUUUUAAAUACUUGCAAUUUUAGCGUGCCAUUCCACUCCUUGGCGACUUGGGAUAGAUGUAUGUAUGUAUUUUAUGUAUGUAUAUUCUUUUACGAAACACAAUAAGGGAAGGAAAGGAAAGGAUAUGGCAAUGAUGGGAAAACGGAAAUGGGAAUGCUAUGCCUUGCGAUGGACCCUCCCCUUAUUUUUCUACCCUAAAAUAACUAGCCACUACUUGUGCCUUCGCUUCCCCCACCACAUCUGUGGUUGGAGAGCCUCAACACAACGCUAUUAUCCCCACAAUGCAACUUGUAUGUUUUGUAUGAGCUCACCAUAUGAAAGAUACCUAUUAAAAAAUUAAUAUCUUCAACACAGCAUCAGAUAUGAGUGAAAUAUUAAUGAUAUAAUAAGUAUACUCUAAUAGUUAGUAAAUCUACUAGUGAUUUCAAGUUAGUAGUAAAAAGUUUUAAUACAUUUUAA